AUGUCCGCGCUAGCCUGCGCGCUGCCCCUGGUGGCGCUCGUCCUGACGUCGCUCUGCCUCAACGCUUCCGCCGAGCUCGCCGUCCCCGAGGGCGGCAAGAAGACUCCUCCCACACCCAAAACCCCCGCCACUCCUGGCAAGCCCGCCACUCCCGGCAAGCCCGCCACCCCUGGCGCGGGGAAGCCGGCGGUGAAGCUGAGCGGGUCGGACUCGAAGGUGGUGUCGCUGCUGGAGGCGGCGGCGGUGGACGUCGACAGCGCCAAGGCGAAGCUCUCCGUCAAGACGUACGGCAAGAGCCUCACGGACACGGCGGCGGCGCUGCGCAACGCCGCGAUUCUGAUUCGCACGGGGCAGCGCACGCUGGUGGCGGGGCAGAUCGACAACUCGAUCGCCACCAUCAACGGCGUGUCCGUCAUGCUCCCCGCCGGCGGCGCCGACAAGAGCCUGCUCGCUUCCGCGCUCGGCAAGGCGCAGGGCGCCAAGGCCGCGUGGAAGGCGUAA